AUGCGAUCACUGGAAGAAGAAAUGUAUUGGUCCGACGGUUCGGAUUCUCAUUCGAAUCCAUCAUCAGAGACAGGCGAAGAUAAAGGCACUCCAACCUACGGACUGACAAAGUGGCUGUUUAGACGUCUCAAGUUUCUGACCUCCGAUUCGAACACAACACAAUUCUUGGAGAAACUUAAAGGAGUACGUCUCCUGCCCAGCGAUGUCAUGGUUUCCUUAGAUGUCACGUCCCUUUUUACUUCGAUCCUGCAGGACCUGGCAGUCGAGACCAUCGAACUACUCUUACGGGAGAAAUACGACGAAACGGAGAAUCGCCUCGGACAUGCCCAAAUCAUCCACCUCCUGAAGUUCUGUCUCAAGACGUACUAUACGUUCGACGAAACAAUCUACGAGCAGGUGAGGGAAACACCAAGGGGUUCGCUGAUUUCGGGACUCAUAGCCGAGGUGGUCCUACAGCGGUUGGCGAAGUUGGUUUUCCGACAUCACAGACCGAAAUACUGGCCUCGGUAUGUGGAUGGCACCUUCGUCAUCAUCGAACGGAACCAGGCGGUGGAAUUCAAAGGACAUCUCAGCGUCGUCUUCCCGGACAUUCAAUUUACGAUGGAGGAGGAAGAAGACAACCAGCUGGCCUUACCGGAUGUUCUCGUCUACCGCAAAUGUUAA